AAUAUUUAAUCUGUGACGUUUUGGGCCAGGCGGUGCAUGCCUUUCGAAAGAUUUCUCGUAGUUGUUCUCAUAGUUGUAUGAAUUAGUGUAUCACAUCAAUUAUACUUACGUGUUUUCAAUAUUUAAACUGUGUCCGGUCAAUUAGGAAAACGAUUACAGGAUGCCGCCAAAGAAAGUAGAAGAGCCCGAAAAGAAGCCCUUAAUUGGUCGUGUUGGCACUAACUUGAAAGUGGGCAUUGUGGGUGUACCUAAUGUUGGAAAAUCUACCUUCUUCAAUGUACUAACUAAGAGCCAGGCAGCUGCUGAGAACUUUCCGUUCUGCACCAUCGACCCCAAUGAAAGUAGAGUCCCGGUCCCCGAUGAGAGGUUCGACUACCUUUGCGAGUACCAUAAACCGGCCAGCAAAGUGCCAGCUUUUCUGAACGUAGUGGACAUUGCGGGUCUGGUGAAGGGUGCGGCGGAGGGACAAGGCCUCGGCAAUGCUUUCCUUUCGCACAUCAAGGCUUGUGACGCCAUAUUCAAUUUAUGCCGAGCCUUUGAUGACGAGGAAGUAAUUCACGUGGACGGGGAAGUGAACCCGGUGCGCGAUCUGGAGACGAUCGGUGAAGAACUCAGGCUGAAGGACGAAGAACAGCUAGUGCAGCAACUGGAGAAACUCGACCGGACCGUAAACCGCGGCGGGGACAAGAAACUCAAACCCGAAUAUGACGCCCUGUCGAAGAUUAAGACAAUUUUGGUGGAUGAGAAGAAACACAUUCGAUUCGGCGACUGGAGUGCGGCUGAUAUAGAAGUGCUCAACAAGUACCUGUUCCUAACGUCGAAGCCUGCCUUAUAUCUCGUGAACCUGUCUGAAAAGGAUUACAUUCGGAAGAAGAAUAAAUGGUUACCAAAACUUAAGGAAUGGAUCGAUAAAAAUGACCCCGGCGCCCCGCUCAUCCCCUUCUCCGGGGCGUUAGAAACCAAACUUAUGGACAUGGACCCUGAAGAGAGGAAAGCUUUCUUGAAAGAACACAACAUUACGAGUGCGUUGGAUAAAAUCAUCGUGCAAGGAUAUAAAGCUCUGCAGCUAGAAUACUUCUUCACCGCAGGUCCGGAUGAAGUGAAGGCUUGGACUAUUCAGAAAGGCACGAAAGCGCCGCAGGCGGCGGGGCGGAUCCACACGGAUUUCGAGAAGGGAUUCAUCAUGGCCGAGGUGAUGCACUUCAAGGAUUUCAAGGAAGAAGGGACCGAGGCCGCCUGCAAGGCCGCCGGCAAAUACCGACAGCAAGGUCGAAAUUACGUUGUAGAAGACGGCGACAUAAUAUUCUUCAAGUUCAACGCGGGCGCCGGCCUGAAGGACGCUAAGAAGAAAUGACGUGACAAGGUACUCCUACUCAUCGUACACAUGCUGUACCUCAACCUUCUGCUCUACACUCUACUACACGUCGCUUGACUUCGAUAAGGACUAGUUAGGGUGGGUUUCUAUCAAAGUUAAACACAGCGGAUCGGAAAAACGUGCGGAAUCGACCAAUCACAAUGUGCGAGACAGCGAGAGAAAAGAGGCUCUCUCGUUCUCUCCCUUGCAGUGAUAAGCCAAUAGGGUAUUAUAAAAUGCUAAUCUAGAAAUGAAAGGCAGUCUAAGAUGACCAAGAAACAAUAUUUCACAUUUCGCCUUGUUUUCGAAUUUUAUUUAUGAAUUAAGUAGUAAUGAGUACGGCGUUUGAUCGCUUUUAUCAAUGACGUCACAGUACAAUAUUUCCAUACAAACUCCAAGGAAAAAUUUCGUUCAGAUGUUUCGUAAAAAGUAUCUCAUUUGACUAGGCUGUCAAGUAGCCUAUUCCUGCACGCCUCCGCUUUGGUGUAAACCCACUCUUAUACUACAUAUAGUACGGCCGUUACGAACUGAGUCAGGUCGUCUCUCUAUCUCACUCGCACUCAUUAGGUUUAUAGCGCAAUCGUGACGUGCGUAAUGGUCGCACGAUUCAGUUCAUAAAGGCCGCGAAAAGAAUACAGUCGCCUAACAUGUUCUAAAAAUUCGCGACACCUCGCUAUCGUUUCUUCGCACCAAUAACUGUUAGGUAGAUAAUAAGGUUUGACUAAGAAUUACUAAGCCUAGUUCGCGCUAAAAGCACUGAACAGCAUCUUUUGUAAUGGGCUUAUAAUUGCUUCUUUGUAUCACAUGGAUGUUUAGAUAAGAUGAAAUGUACCUCCUUCAGUUUGUAAAUAUACCUAAGCUGCAUAAUGUUAACCGGAACAUGUCAGGCGACCGUAACAGAUGACUUAUAUUUAUUCUCGUGUCUUAAAUAAUAAUAAAAUAAAGCAUUGUUAAUAUUUGUA